UGAUGAUUGGCUCGAAGCCUUGCAUAACAACCUCAGUUCAAUCGACCUAUAUACCCGGCUAAAUAAUAGAGCCAACCCCGAGUAAGCUCGUAAAGCCGAGGAGGUACUUUGCAUGUCGAAAGCGUCACUUGCUUUCCUUCCAAACAAGAUCUCUUGCUGUCAAACAUGAUUGCAUCAACUCUUCUCUGUGGCCUUCUCGCCGCUGCAUCUGCAGUCCAUGCUCACUCUCCCACGAAGCAUAUCGAGUACUCAGUCCUGUCCGGGAUCUUCCUCCAGGACGACAAUGCUACAGAUUCCUCGACCUUCAAUUUCACCUCUUCAAACUAUGGCUUGAUCCAGAGGUCGUACCCUAGCGACUCAUUGGGUUCGAGCGAGACAAACACUACGCAAUGGCAGCGGCUUGACCAUUACAUUUCCACUCUAAACCAGAAGGCCCCACGAAACGAACGCUACACAUUGUUCUUCCUGGGUCGUCACGGAGAGGGAUAUCACAAUCUUGCAGAAACCUACUUUGGCACCCCGGCUUGGAACUGCUACUGGUCUGAACUUGACGGAAAUGACACGGUUACGUGGGCAGAUGCACAUCUCACCGCAGCCGGCAUUGCUCAAGCACAGUCCGUGAACAAUUUCUGGGCACAUCUUAUCAAGGACGAGAAGAUUACUCCCCCCGAGACAUACUACACAAGCCCACUACACCGUUGUCUCGACACAGCCAGACUUUCUUUCUCUGGUCUAGAUGUCCCACGCAAAAGUCCCUUCAUCCCAACUAUCAAGGAACUUCUCCGCGAAGGCAUUAGUGCGCACACUUGUGAUCGUCGAAGCACCAAAUCAUAUAUUCACCAGAACUUCCCAUCCUUCAAAUUUGAAAAACACUUCGCCGAGAAAGAUCCAUACUGGACAGAACUACACGCUGAGCCUCAGACCAACCAAGACAUUCGUUCCAAGCAGGUACUCGACGAUAUCCUUGUGAAUGAUAGUAGCACAUACAUCUCGAUUACUUCCCACUCUGGCGAAAUAGGUAGCCUACUACGAGUACUUGGACACCGUGUCUUCAAACUAAACACCGGUGCAUCAAUUCCUGUACUUGUCAAAGCAACGACCCUCAACGGUAAUGGCACAACAACCGUACCUCUGCCAUACAGCACUCAGCCUACAUGCACACCUUCGCCGACGAUUCGUGAUUCUAGCUGUAAUGACUGCUCAUGUUGUUUGUAAAUCAAAGAACAAGUCAGGCUCUAUAAUAGUUAAAGUGCUAAAUAAGUUUCAAUAUGAACACUGAGUCUAUUUGCAGGCCUCCCAGAAUAGCAUAUUAAGCUUCUGGUUUGCUGUAACGCUUUGGAAAGUGAAUCGAGCUGAUCCACUUGAAAUAUGCCG